AUGUUAUAUACAAGCCAGAAUGAUAGAAAGUUGUGUGUACAUUUAAUUGCAGCACAAAAGUUCCUAUUAUCAUGUUUACAGCUAUCUCCUGGAAUUCUAGAUUCAAAUUUUAAUAAGUGUUUCUAUAAACAGUGUAAUGAAUCUGCAGGAACCAAUAUAAAUUGUGGAAUACCCCCUAGAAAUUGUGAAAGUCCAUUAGGGUUUGCAGGAAUAGGCAUUAAAGUUACAAAUUUAAUACCAAAUGAACUAAGAAAUUUAUUAAAUAAUAUUGAUAAAAAAAUUCUAGACUUGGAUGAUGCUUUAGCAACCAAAAGUAUUCCGACAUACAGAGAACUUCGUAUAAAAGAUCAGGAUGAUUUAGAAGAUUUAAAGAAAAUUUUUAAUAAUUCUGAUAAAUACUCUGUUUGUACCCUAUAUAAUUCUAAAAAUAGUAAAAAUCAGUUGAAUUUAUGUAAUUGGUUAAUAAAACAAGCUCCAAUAUGGAAUUGUAAUAAAGGAAUUGGGGAGAAGUCAUAUAUUUUGACAACUACUCCAGAUUUGAAGGUAUUACUUGAAUAUGAGUCCAUUAUAUCUUGUAUUUGGGGAGCUGCAAGAGUUUUUGUAGUAGUACAAUUUUGGCAAACACCUCUAUCAUUCACAGAAAGACUUUCUAAUAUUAAUAUUGAAAAUUCUAAAAGUUAUUCUUUUAUUACAGAAUUUUUGGGAGGUAAUGAGACUACAAUUUUACCUUUAAGAUUACUGGUAAGAUUUGAAAAGAAUAUCUCAAUAAAAAAUAAUAUUUUAUCUAGGAACUUUAAAGAAAAUGAAACUAUAAAUAAUUAUAAAUCAGCUGAUUUAAAACAAUUUAAUAAAGAUAACAAAAAUAAUACUGAAUACUUGACAAAUAAACAAACUGACAAAUGUUAUAUUAGUAAAGACAAAUCAAACUUUUCCACAGAUUUUAUUAAUGAUAUAAAUAAUAAGAAAUAUCUAGAUAAUAAACUCAACAUAGAUAAUGGUGAUAAUUAUAAUACUGAAUAUAUUUGCAACUCUAUAAAUAAUGAAAUAAAGCAAGAUACUAAAAAUAAUUCAUUUGGACCUUGCAUUAUUUCCUUAGUAAAAUACUCAACCAAAUGCCCAAUUUCAGAUACUUUGAACUUAUCAAAAAUAUAUAGUGGAAAAACUGGAUCUUGUUACCUUACCUUAAAUUCAGAUUCCAAUUUCCUUAGCCUUCAAAUUGCUUAUAAUGCUGAUAUCGUAUCAUGUAUAAAGGCUUUGAUUCCUGGCAGGAAGUUUGAUUCACAAAAUCGUAUUUGGCUAUUACCUAUAGAAUCUAUUUUUGAGUCAGUUAAGCUCGUAGAUUAUUUGGGAGGAGAGAUAGAAACUCAAGUUUUAUUAUUAUUACUAAAUACUUUUUCAGAUAGAAAUUCAAAAUUAGUUAAUAAUCUACAAUUUAAAGAUAAUUAUGAAUGGAAAAAGUAUAUUCCAAAUAUUGCUUCACUUGCUUGGAGUAGAAAAACAAUUAUUUUUGAUUGUCCUAAUAUCUCCAUUACCCACUCAAAUUUAGUACAAAUAAGAAUAUCUCCAUUUACUAUAUUAGAUGAAAACAUACUUAAUACAUUGAGAAACUCAAAAAUUCCCUUAAAAUGGGAUGGUAACAUAAAAAAGUGGAGUAUCCCACUUUUUAAGUUAGCUGAUACAAUUCAUAUUCUUCAAACAUCACUAGAUUUUAUUUUUGUCUCUGAUAAUGAUAAAUUAAAUUAUACUAAUUAUUAUAAAGUAAUAAAUUCAAAAAUAAAACAUUAUAGUAACAAUAAAACUAUCAUUAAUAAUGAUACUACCCAAAGAAGACUAUUAGAUAUAAACGAAAAAAAACCAAAGAAGUUUAAAGAAAUUAUACAUGUUAAUGAUAUAUUGGAUAAGAGAUAUAAUCAAUCUGAAUACCUCGAUAGUGAUGAUUCUCAAAAUGAAUCAUGCCAUAGUAUGGUAAUUACAUGCUUAGGAAAUGAUGAUGUUGAUAGUGAAAGGCUCAGAAAUAAAAUUGAGCGAAUGAUUAAAAAUAUACAAACAUUACCUCUUAAUAUAUCUAACUUGAAGUUUAUAAUGUGGCCUUGUAAACUAGAAGAUUGGGAAUCUAUAUCAUUUUUAAUAGUUUCAAAACCUUGUAAUAUUAAUCGUUAUCACCCUAAGCUUUUGUUAGCUUUAGUUAGUAAUGUAAUGGUUGUAUAUGAAACAAUGAUUGAUCAUAUAUUAGAAAAAGGUUAUUGGUUAGAUAAUUCAUUUGAAACAAAAUAUGAAUAUACAUCAAAUAUACCUUCAAUGGAAUCCAGACUCUAUAUAAAUGAAGGGAUAUUUUGUCAAACAAAAUUAUAUAUAGCUGGAACACCAGAUAAUCCAGAUUUUGCUCUUUGUAGGCGUCUUGCUACUAUUGGUAAAGCUUCAUUUGUUCGUGAGCCAAAGUUAGCAGAUUACAUUGUUAUAUGUGAUGAAAAUCAUCCAGAUGCAAUCAAUAUUAAAAGAACUGUUCCAAAAAAGAAAGCAAGUAUAGUACAAAAUACUCAUGGUGAGACUCAUGCUAUGCAAGUUACUCCUAGAUGGAUAUAUGAUGUAAUUUUAGAUUUUACUAUACUGAAACCUACAUCAAAGAGAAAGCAUAAAGCAUGGGUUAAAUAA